ACGAGUCCGGCUGACCUUCUGACUCCUGCUGCUGGAUUUUGCUUUCUCACAUGAGGCAGAGCAGAGCUGAAGACACACUUUGGAUAUCGCCGACUCUUGGAUUGUUUAUCUUCCUUUUGUGCAAAAAACUUCUCAAGCUUGAAGAAUGCAAUCCAUCAGAGACUUGAAGUCCAACUUCAGCGGCCCUCCUCCCUCCUCCAUGGCUGCCGGCCCUGAUGCCUACCUUCAGGGCAACAUCAGGAUGACUCUGGAGGACCCUGAACUCUGGAAGACUUUUCAUGAAAUAGGAACAGAGAUGAUCAUCACUAAACCGGGCAGGAGGAUGUUUCCACACUGCAAAGUCAAUCUAUCCGGCCUUAUCCCAUGUGCCAAGUACAUCUUACUGGUUGACAUGGUCCCUGAGGAUGGUUUUAGGUAUAAGUGGAAUAAAGAGAAAUGGGAGGUGGCAGGAAAAGCGGAGCCUCAGCCUCCCUGCAGGACCUACCUCCACCCAGACUCUCCAGCCCCGGGGAGCCACUGGAUGAAGCAGUCCGUCUCCUUCCUCAAGCUCAAACUCACCAACAACACUCUCGACCAGCACGGCCAUAUCAUUUUACACUCCAUGCAUCGCUACCAUCCGCGCUUCCACAUCGUCCAGGCAGACGACCUGUUCAGUGUCCGCUGGAGUGUUUUCCAGACUUUCACCUUCCCCGAAACAUCCUUCACUGCAGUCACCGCCUACCAGAACACCAAGAUCACAAAGCUGAAGAUUGAUCACAACCCCUUUGCAAAGGGUUUCCGGGAUGAAGGCACCAAUAAAAAAAGCAGGCGUUCCAACAAGAACCCAGCAUGUCUUGACAAAAGAACCAAGAUGUCUGACAUUUUGAAAAGGGACUCUGCUGAAGAGGACAGUCCACCAGACUUCUGCCAGUCAUCAUUUGAUGGUUACGACGGAGAGGAAGGGGAUCUGCCCAAAAGGAAAGAUGACGAGUCUGUCAAAGAGGAGCGUUACUCUCCUUGGGGGGCUGAGAGGGAGCAGAAUGCGAGGACGGACUCUCCUGCUGGAGCAGAUACCAGGGAUAUGUACAGCACCGAGCAGCUGGUUCCUGCUUCAGCUUCCUACCAGCCCUACAGGUUCCACGAGUACGGAAAGUCUCCAUCUCCCUCCUCCAGCAUUGGCAGCAGCAACAGUGGCUCGGGACGCAGCAGCUUCGAGUCCAGGGUCCCCGACAUCGCCACCGUGCCCGAUCAUGACUCCUCAAAGCCCCGCACGCAAGAGAUCGGCCCUUCCCACUGCGGCCCCCAGCACCUCCCGGGGCCCCAGGACUACACCGGGGUGCUGAACAUGACCAUGGCCCAGGCCGGCAAGCCGGGGGUGAUCGGCCACCACAUCUACAGCCCCUACGGAGCGGAGCAGCCCCUGGGUCAGUGGAGCGGCCCGGGUCCCGCCCAGUACCCCCCUACCCACCACCUGACCGCCGACUACACCACGCAGGCUGUGCACCACGGCUAUCACCAUGGCAACGUGGCCGAGUGGAGCCAGUACCCGCUGUUCUCCUACUCCUGCUGGUGAAGUGAUCGCCGGCGUUAACUGGGUGAGAGUGACUUUACCGACGCCGCUGCUGCCAUCUUGCCACAACGCUGGUCCUGUGCUCACAGCUAUGAGAAUGCAUGUCCAAACACGGUUGAGGGCCAGACGGCUGCCACAAGAAUGAAAAAGGAAAGAGGUUUGAGGAGCUGCCCGGGGAGGUCUCCUGUCCAGACCUGCAGGAUCGAGACUCCGGUUAUGCUGAGUGCAAAUAAAAGUGUCCUACGCCAUACUGAUUAAUUGUUUUAAUAUUUGUCUAUUUAUUUUGUGACUCAUCUCAUCUUCAGUGUAAAUAAUAUUUUUGUAAAAAAAAAUGAAAGAAUAAAUCAUAAGUGUGCAAUUA